UCACGGUUCCCAGUCUUCCGGGCCUCUAGCGACUGAAGCUUGGGGGUCCACAUUCAGGAGAGGCACACAGUGGCGACCCUCCGAGAGAAAGAUGCUGCAUCUGAUUGUAGAUUCAGCCAAGAUCUGUCCAGCCCGGAGCCCCCCACCCAGCUCCUGUGUGACUGCAUACUUCAGGGAUGUCAAGAAGAGGACACAGGUGGUGGGAGAGGAUCAUAACCCCUUCUGGAACGAGACGCUGAUCUGGUCACUGGGGCCACAGCCCCUGGACGGCGACUCCUUCGUGGAAGUCCUCCUCCGAGACCUGACUCCCGGGAUCGACGACAGGCUCGUUGGCCUGGCCACCGUCCUCCUGGGAGCCCUGGCCGCCGACCCCAGCAGCGAGCUGGUUCUGACAGAGCUGCCCCUGCUGGACCGUAGCCUGCAGCCCACCCAGUGCACCAUUACCUUGCGGGUUACCUGUCUGCCAAGGCCGGCACCCCGAUGGGCAGGACCCGAAGUCAGCAUCGUUAAGAGCACUGCAGAUCUACCCAGAAGGAAAUCCGAAGUGCCUGGCACUGCGGUACAGAAGACUCAGGCGCCCAAGCCGCAGGACUUCCAGGUGCGGGUGAGGAUAAUUGAAGGCCGCCAGUUCCAAGGGAAUGACAUCAAGCCAGUGGUGAAGGUGCUGAUUGGCCACCACGAGUACCGGACGCGGAUCCAGAGGGGGAAUAACCCCUUCUUCAAUGAGAUCUUCUUCCAGAAUUUUCACCAGCUUGCCUCCAAGCUCUUCGAUGAAUACAUCACAGUCCAGGCGCUGAACUCCCGGGCCCUGCGCUCCGAUUCGCUCCUUGGGAUGUUCCAGGUGGAAAUUGGAUUCGUCUAUCAUUCCCCAGGACACGCUCUUCUGGGGAAAUGGCUGAGCCUCUACCAGCCCAAUAACCUGAGUGCCGGGGUGAAGGGCUACCUGAAGGUCAGCCUCUAUGUCCUCGGAGCCGGAGACCAAGCCCCGGUCGAGCAGACACAGCCCCUGGAGCGGGAGGACCUGGAGAAGAGCCUCUUCAAGCCGGCCGCUCUCCCCGACUACCUCGCCACCCUGCGGAUUUUCAUCUACAGGGCCGAGGAUCUGCGCCCCGGAAGAAAACCCGACCUCCAUCCCCUCUGGCCUUCCCAGAAGCCAAAGGGAAAGAGGAGCUUGUUGAAUCCCUUGGUUGAGGUGGAUGUGGCUGGGAAAAUACUCAAAACCGGGGCCGAGUCUGAAACGGAGUCCCCGGUGUGGAACCAAGUCCUGACCUACACCGUUCAGCUGCCCUUUGUGAUUAAUCAGAUCAAGCUCACUGUCCUGGACUGGCACCAAGAAAGGCAGAGAGACGUGAUAGGGACAGCCUGCUUGCUCUUCGAUCACAUCUCCUCCAGUGGGACUCAGAUAAAAGGAAAGUUCGCGGGCUUCCCGCCCUGCUUCGGUCCCAGUUUCCUCACCCUCCACUGUGGCUCACGGGAAGCCCCCAACCUGCAGAAGCCUUCCAAGCCCUCUCUUCUCGCCGCCCAGGGAGAAGUGGUGUCCUACUGUGGCCGCAUCCUAGUGGAACUGACCACCAGCAUGGAGACUUCGUUGGAAAAGAUAACAGCUACCCUCUCCAGCAAGGCUGCUUCCACGCUGGAGAGGCAACUGGCCCGCCACAAGUACGGACUGUGCGCCAUCUUCCUCUCCUCCACCAUGAUGCCAGCCUUCAAGGGGCCGGUGCGGUUCGAGGUCAGCAUCGGCCAUUAUGGGAACAAGACGGACGCCACCUACAGCCCUCAGGCCUCCACCACUCAGUCCGGCCAAGUGGUAUUUGAUGGGAACUCCUACCAUUACUUGCCCUGGGCCGACGCCAAGCCUGUCGUGGCGGUCACCUCUUUCUGGGAAGACGUCGGCUACCGAAUGGAUGCCCUCAACGUCCUGCACGCCAUCCACACCCGGCUGAAGACCAACCUGGAAGCGCUCAAAGCCAUCCGGAACCCGAAGGACCCACAGCUGCCCAGCCUGCGGGAGAAGCUGCUGGCGGACGUGAGGGCAGACUGCAGGCAGCCUCUGCCCAGCCUGAAGGGGCGGGCCGGCGCCACCGUCCUGGACCAGCACUUACGGCAGCUGCGCGGCCUGCUCCUCCAGGAGCUGGCCCAGGAAGCCAAGGCCGUGGGGCGCGGGCCGCUGGUGCCGGAAGCCGAAGGCUGGCUGCACCGCCUCGGCUCCGUCCUCCCCGAGCCCCAGGUGAGCGUGCCGGACGUGGUGGUUUGGCUGCUGUGCCGGGACCGGCGCGUGGCCUUCGCCCGGGUGCCCGCCCACACCGUCAUGUUCUCCCGGGCGGGGCCCCGCGCCUGUGGCCGCUUCUGUGGGAAAGCGCAAACCCUCUUCCUUCAGUACCCGGAGGGCCAAGGGCAGGAGGGCGUGGUUCCCGCCCAGCUCCGCGUGCUCAUGUGGCUCGGCCGGGUGGCGGACAGCGAGGAUUUCACCCGGCGCUGCCCCGGGGACAUCGUCGUCUACGCGGAGACGUACGAGAACCAGGCCCUCCUCAAGGGGCAGUGGGGGCUUCCAGACCCACGACAGUGCCCCGCCUUCUCCGACGUCUCUGGCCACCUGGCCCUCCCCAAGACCGCCUUCCAGCCGCCCCGAGGCUGGCGCUGGCAUAAGGCCUGGGUGGUGGAGCCCCACAGGAGGCUCCUCCUGGACACCGACACGGACCGCCUCCAGGUGAUGGAGGAGGUGUAUGAGAACCAGAGCCGGGAGCCAGGAGGGCUCUGGGCUCCAGCCGCCAUCCCAAACACCAACCAAAGUGGAGAGCCCGUGCCGUCUCGCCGGGACCUGCGAUGUCCCCAGGGAUGGCACGUCGAGGGCGACUGGGUGGUGGAGCUGAACCGGGCCGUUGACGACGCCGGCUGGGAGUACAGCACGGGGACCCCCUCAUCGGUGCCACCCCAGGCCUGGCACGCAGCGGAGAAGACCUAUCACUCGUGGAGGCGCCGGCGCUGGGUGCGGUGGAGGCGCCGAAAUUCUGUGGGGCAGAGCUCGGAGCCAGAAAUGGCCUCUUUCCUGCAGCUGCCCUCCGCCGGGAGGCCCAAGGAGACGGCGGCGGCGGCGGAGAAGAAGGAGGAAAAGGAGGAGGAGGAGAAGGAGGCGGAAGAGGAGGACGACGGGGACUGGCAAUACGGGUCCCUCGGUUCCAAGUUGAGCCGGCAUCCCCAGCCCGACAGCCGGUUCCGACGUCGCUGCUGGCGCCGCAGACUGCUGCCCGUUCCGCCUUUCAGCAUCGCUCCCGUCUUCCUCUUGGAGGGGUCCUUGGACGAGCAGUCACUCCGGCCCCGGGGCGCGGACACCGCGAAGCCCGAAAAAGAGGUAGAAGAGGCUGAGGGGCACGAGCCUCAGGGAGAGGAGUCCGCGGAGAGGCGGCAGGAGCAGCAGCUCAGUACCCCCUUUAUCUACUGCGGCGUCCCUGAGCCCCACUACUAUCAGCUCUUCUGCUACAUCUACCAGGCCAGAGACCUGCAGCCCACGCAGAGCCAGAGCUUUUCCGCGCCCUACGUCCGGGUGACCUUUCUGCACCGCAGCCAACGCACCCGAGCUCUGCAGGCCUCGCUGGCCCCCCUGUGGGAUCAGACCCUCUUCUUCGAUCGCAUUCUGCUCUACGGAGACCCCCAGGACGCCCAGAGGGACCCGCCCCCGCUGGUGCUGGAGCUGUGGGACAGGAACCCCAGGGGUGGUGACAGUCUGAAGGGGCGCGGCGUCUGGGCCCCGACCGUCUGGCUGGACCUGGAGGCCAGGACUCCCCCCGCACUGGGCUGGCACCUGAUAAAUAGGGGGCCGGAGACGGGAGGCGCGGAGAUCCUGGCGGCCUCGGAGCUCGUCCUGGAGAGUCAGGGCGGGGAGCAGAGACCCCCGCUGUUCAGCGUCCCCCGGAAGGACGGCUACUAUACUCUCCCCCGAAGCAUCCAGCCCGUCCUCAGGAAGUCGGCCAUCGAGAUCCUGGCCUGGGGCCUGCGGAACCUGAAGAGCUACAAGCUGCGGCAGGUGCGGUCGCCUCACCUGCUGGUGGAGUGCGGGGGCCAGUCCCUGCAGACCCCCCCGCUUCGUGACCUCAGCUCCAACCCGAACUUCCCCCAGGCGGCCCUCUUCCUGACCCUGUUGCUGCCGGAAGACGAGGCCUACGCCCCGCCGCUGGUACUGAAGGUGGUGGACAACCAGGAAUUCGGCUACCAGCCCGUAGUGGGUCAGACCACCGUCCGCUCCCUCGGCGCCUAUUUCUGCAACCCCUGGGCCGAGGGCUACGUCCCCCCACGGCUCCCCGUUCCCCAAGGAGUCCGGCCCAGGAAGUUCCUGAGCUACCUGAGCGGGAAGAACCGGCAGCCGCUCACCUGCGCUGAGGAGGAGACGGAUGACGAAGAGGACUGGUGGAGCAAGUUGUACUGGGCCACGGGCGAACACCGCAAGGACAGAGAUCACGUGAAAAAGGACUCGGACUCUCUUAAGGUGUACGACUGCGAGCUGGAGGCCGUGCCUGACUUCCAGGGCCUGCAGGACUUCUGCCAGAGUUUCAGCUUGUACCGCGGGGAGCCGCACGAGGACGCCCCCGUGGUGGGCGAGUUCAAGGGACUCUUCCGCAUCUACCCGCUGCCCGAGGACCCCGCCGCUCCCAGGCCCCCGCGCCAGUUCCAGGAGCUGCCCAGGAGCGGCCUUCAGAAGUGCCUGGUCCGGGUGUACGUGGUGCGGGCCUUCAACCUGCAGCCCAAAGACCGCAACAGCCUGUGCGACCCCUAUGUGAUUCUGAAGCUGGGCCAGCAGACCGUGGGCAGCCGGGACCAUUAUAAGCCCAACACCCUGGAUCCCACCUUCGGCUCGAUGUUCGAGCUGAGCUGCACCAUCCCUCUGGAAAAAGACCUGGAAGUCUUGCUCUUCGACUAUGACCUGAUGCCCCCGGACCCCGAGAUCGGAGCCACGGUCAUUGACCUGGAGAACCGGCUGCUCUCCGGCUUCGGCGCCCGCUGCGGGCUCCCCUCGUCCUACUGCCUCUCCGGGCCCUGCCAGUGGCGGGACCAGCUGCUCCCCAGCCGGCUCCUGGAGCUCUUUGCUCGGAGGAAGGGGCUGCCCCUGCCCGAGCUGAGCGUGCAGGAGGACAGGAUCAGGUUCAGCGGGAGGGAAUUCCUGCUGAAAAACUUCGAGCCCAAGCCCCCCGUUACUAGGCACCUGGGGCCCCCGAAAGAGCGCCUGGCACUGCACCUCCUCCGCGCCCAGGGCCUGGUGCCCGAGCACCUGGAGACCCGCACCUUGUACAGCAGCGGCCAGCCGGGCAUCGACCAGGGAAAGCUGCAAAUGUGGGUGGACAUCUUCCCGGAACAGUUCGGACCCCCGGGCCCCCCCGUCAACAUCACCCCCCGGAAGCCCAGAAGCUACAGGUACGAGCUCCGCUGCAUCAUCUGGAACACGUGUGACAUGGACCUGCGGGACGUCAGCAUCAUGGGGGAGAAGAUGAGCGACAUCUACGUCAAAGGGUGGAUGCAGGGCCAGGAGAAAAACCCCCAGAAGACGGACAUCCACUAUCGCUCCCUGGCCGGAGAGGGCAGCUUCAACUGGAGGUUCAUCUUCACCCUGGACUACCUGCCCACGGAGCGGAUGUGCGUCCAGGCCCAGGAGCAGUUCUUCUGGAGGCUGGACCCCACCCUGAAGAAAGUGCCCCCACGCCUCAUCCUCCAGGUCUGGGACAACGACAAGUUCUCCGCCGAUGACUUCAUAGGAGUCCUGGAGCUGGACCUGUCCCACCUGCCCGUCCCUUCUCGGAGUCCCCAGGGCUGCUCGGCCAGCGUGCCGGAAGCCCCGGGGGCCAAGCCCGGCCGCCAGCCGCCCAGAUUCGUCUCCCUCUUCAGGCAGAAGCAGAUGAGAGGCUGGUGGCCUUGCCUGGUCGAGGAAGAGGGCAAGUGGCGUCUGUCGGGCAAACUGGAGCUCACUUUGGAGAUCCUGACCGAGGAGGAGGCAGCGGAGAAGCCGGCCGGUCGAGGCCAGCGGGAGCCCAACCAGAAUCCCGUGCUCUUGCCCCCCGUACGGCCAGAAGUCUCGUUCCUGUGGUGGGCAGCCCCCCUCCGCAGCCUCCGCUACAUCCUAUGGCGGCGUCACCGCUGGCGCAUCCUGAUCUUACUGUUCGUCAUAUUGUUAUCCUUCCUGCUGGUCACCUUUGUCUACGCUACCCCGAACUACCUAGCCAUGAAGCUGAUCAACCCCAUCUCCGUCGUCGGAAGUGGCGGAGACGUUGGAGCCGUGGCCUCCAAAGAGACAUCUCGAGGCCCCGACGACCUCCGUCAACCCCUGGGGCUCCAGACGCGGCUCAGUAAAGAUCUGGAAGGCCCCAAGGCGGCCCCGAGGCCCCCGGGGGAGAUUUUCCCCUUUCUCCCGACCCCGUGAGGGCAAGUCUGCCCACCGCCUCCCAUCCUGUCCUCGCCCCACCCCUCGGCAUCACUCCUCUAUCCCCCUCUCCUGCCGCUCGCGCUAACCGGGACGGCCGGCAGUCGACGUUUUCAAGGGAUAAGGGAGCUCGGUGGACCCAGGUGUCCCCGCGGGGUCUUCUUUACCGUUCAGGGAUGGAGGCCACCCAGGUCCUCUCCGGUCACGACGGAGCGGGGUGGAAAGUGAGGGGGGUGUGGG